AUGGCGAAAAUGCUUUACAAGGCGGCCGCCGAGGGGAAUGUACAAGCCUUGCGUAGAAUCACUGGAGAAGAUGGAACUAUUCUGGACAGAAUUACAGUGGAGGAAUUUGGUGAAACUCCUCUCCACGUGGCAGCAAUGUGCGGACACUUCGAUUUCGUCAAAGAAAUCCUGGACUUGAAGCCUCAAGGACUUCGACUGGCCUCGGAGUUGGAUAGCCGAAGGAGGUCUCCCCUGCACCUGGCUUCGGCUAAAGGCUACUUAGAGAUUGUAAAACUGUUGAUAUCAGCUAAUCCUGAAAUGUGUAAAGCUCAGGACAGAGAUGGAAGAAACCCUCUGCAUCUUGCGGCCAUCAAAGGCAGAGUCCGUGUCCUUGAAGAACUUGUCGGAGCCAGCAGGGAGGCGGCGGAAGACAGGGUGGGUCCCAGCGGAGAGACCAUUUUGCAUCUCUGCGUUAAGCAUAGCCAGUUUGAGGCUUUGAAGUUGCUGAUGGAGAAGACGGCGAAUGACGUGAAUUCCAAGGACGCUGAUGGCAACACCAUUUUACAUCUAGCUGUCUCUGAUAAACAAGUCGAGGUAUUAUAUUCAAACUCUACACUCUUGGAUUUACACUCAAAUGAAAAUUUCAAAUUGGUUCUUUAA